GAGAGAGAGAGAGAGAUGGGCAGAAAUCCUAGCAGUGGUAAAGAUGGAUUGAAGUUGAAGAAAGGAGUUUGGUCGGCUCUUGAAGAUCAAAUCCUCAUCGAUUACGUCAAAGUUCAUGGCCAAGGGAAAUGGGGCAAAGUUCGUAAGGUAACAGGCCUCGAGAGGUGUGGAAAGAGCUGUAGGCUUCGGUGGUUAAAUUACCUAAGACCAGAUAUCAAGAGAGGAAACGUAUCGCUUGAAGAAGAGGAACUCAUCAUUAGGCUCCAUAAGCUCCUUGGCAACAGGUGGGCUCUUAUCGCGGGAAGGCUUCCUGGCCGGACAGAUAAUGAGAUAAAGAAUUACUGGAACUCCACCAUAAAGAAGAAGAUGGUCCAAGAAAACGGUGACCGGCCAAUGAACUCAAAGUGCGAGGAUGACAAGCUCACGAAGAACAAGCCCUUAAAUGAGACCGCCACGGCUGAAUCACAAGGUGAUGCCCAUCGUGAGAGUAAGCCGUGUAAUUCAGAAGGCGUCGUUUCAGAUAGAAUGAUGGAAUCAAUUGAAGAAAAAGGUGAGGGAGGAGAUUGUGAGGACGACACGAUUUCAUGGGAAAACAUGAUGAUGGACCUCAAUGUCGAGGAUAUGUGCAUGUCUGAGAAUCAGCACUCCGAGCUCUUUGAAGGCAAUGAAGAUGGAGGAAAUCAAAACGGGUGGAUUUCUGAGGAAAUGCUGUCUACAUGGGUUGCUGAGUUGCUGGGCUGAUGCAAGUCCUUCCAUGGUGCAACGACUCAUCGCAUUCUUAUCGAUAUCGAUCAAGAACACUCAGCAGGCACCUUGAUUUGGGUGGCAUCAUCGACUGCAAGAACAAU